AUGGGUGCACAUGAUGCUGGAUCUCCUCACCAGUUCACUGGAAUUCAGAGAUUCUUCAAUGCAUAUACUAUCAAAGGAAGAAGGAACUGUGUAUUAACAACAUACGCAGGUGUAGCCCUCAUUUUUUUGUAUUUUAAACUGAAGCCCAAGAAACAGACACCGUGUGUCUCAGCAAAGUAG